UCCCCCCCCCUCCGGGCUUCGACCCGCCCUCUCUCUCCUCUCUCCCUCCCCAUUUUUGCCCGCCCCAAGCCCCGCUCCUACCCCGGGCCCCGCUGCCGGGUCCUCUCCGCCCCUCCGCGCCCGGGGUGUCAUUGGACGGGGGAGACGCGAGCCAACUUCAGGCUGCGGGAGGAAGCCCGUGCAGCAGUCACCUGGGUGCAGGAGCCUCGCUGCCUCCCCGGGCGCUCCCGCUACAGGGGAGCGGCAGCCCGCUGGCCUGGAUGUGGUUGGAUUUGGGGGGGCUCCGCAGCUGGAGUGUCAUAGCGUUGGCGAGAGCUGCAACAGGUAGACGCGGAGACGGACCCCGGCCGAGGCAGCUAUGGAGACCAAAGGCUACCACAGUCUCCCGGAAGGUCUAGAUAUGGAAAGACGGUGGGGUCAAGUUUCUCAGGCCGUGGACCGUUCAUCCCUGGGGCCUACCGAGAGGACCGAUGAGAGCAACUACAUGGAGAUUGUCAACGUAAGCUGUGUUUCCGGUGCUAUUCCAAACAACAGUACUCAAGGAAGCAGCCACGAAAAACCUGAACUACUCCCCUGCCUUCAGCAAGACAGCAAUCGGCCCGGGAUUUUAACAUCUGAAAUUAAAACCGAGCUGGAAUCUAAGGAACUUUCCGUGACUGUAGCCGAGUCCAUGGGCCUCUACAUGGAUUCCAUCAGAGAUGCCGAGUACCCCUAUGACCCGCAGAACCAGCAAGGAAGCGUGAGUCCGGCAAAGAUCUACCAGAACGUCGAACAGCUGGUGAAAUUUUACAAAGAAAACGGCCAUUGUCCUUCCGCCGCCGUGGGGAUGAGCAGGCCCUUGCGGCCGCUCCUGGCUGACUCCGGGAGCUCGGUGAAUGGCGGGGUCAUGCGCACGGUUGUCAAAAGCCCCCUCUUGUGUCACGAGAAGAGCUCGUCUGUUUGCAGCCCUCUGACCAUGGCAUCCUCAGCGUGCAGCCCCGCUGGCCUCAGCUCCGUGUCCUCCACCUCGGCCAGCUUCGGCAACUUCACAGUGCACAGCCCCAUCACCCAGGGGACCCCCCUGACCUGCUCCCCGAAUAUCGAGACCCGCGGCUCCAGGUCCCACAGCCCGGCGCAUGCCAGCAACGUGGGCUCGCCCCUCUCCAGCCCGUUAAGUAGCAGGAAAUCCCCCGUGUCCAGCCCUCCGAGUCACUGCAGCGUGAAAUCUCCCGUCUCCAGCCCCAACGUCCCUCUGCGAUCUGCAGUGUCCAGCCCGGCCAACGUCCACAACUCCAGGUGCUCCGUGUCCAGCCCUUCGAACACCAAUAACAGAUCCACACUCUCCAGCCCCACGGCUAGUACCGUGGGCUCCAUCUGCAGCCCCGGGAGCAAUGCUUUCAGCUACACGGCGUCGGGCACCCCCCUGGGACCCGGGGCGGCCCGGGACGCCGUUUCCAGUCCGGACACACAAGAGAAAAGUGCUCACGAGGCCUCCUUCCCCAAGACGGAGGAAGUGGAGACUGCCACCUCCAACGGUGUGACGGGCCAGCUGCACAUCGUCCCGUACAUAAAGCCGGAGCCAGAUGGGGUUUUCAGCAGCUCGUGUCUACGAGGACACAGCAAGACAACGCCCGCCUCCCCGUUCUCAGUACCAAUCAAGCAGGAAUCGGCCAAGCAUUCGUGUUCGGGCACCUCUUUCAAAGGGAAUCCAUCCGUGAACCCGUUUCCCUUCAUGGAUAGCUCCUACUUUUCCUUUAUGGAUGACAAAGACUAUUACUCUCUAUCAGGAAUCUUAGGGCCGCCCGUGCCCGGCUUCGAUGGCGGCUGCGAAGGCAGCGGCUUCCCCGUGGGCAUCAAGCAGGAGCCAGACGACGGGAGCUACUACCCCGAGGCCAGCAUCCCGUCCUCCGCCAUCGUCGGUGUGAAUUCGGGUGGACAGUCCUUUCACUACAGGAUUGGUGCUCAAGGUACCAUCUCUCUAUCGCGAGCGGCCAGAGACCAGUCUUUCCAACACCUGAGCUCCUUUCCUCCUGUCAACACCUUAGUGGAGUCGUGGAAAUCCCACAGUGACCUGGCCUCUCGGAGAAGCGACGGCUACCCGGUCCUAGAGUACAUUCCAGAAAAUGUAUCCAAUGAUUUAAUGUGGCUGUUCCAAACCUAUACUCUGCAGACACCAGGGGAGCCAGAAUUCUUACCAGAAAUGCUCAAAUCAUAUCCACACAAAACAUUGCCUGUACACUCUACUUUACGAAGUGUUUCUACUGGAUCCUCAAGACCUUCCAAGAUAUGUUUGGUGUGUGGGGAUGAGGCCUCAGGCUGCCACUACGGGGUGGUAACCUGUGGCAGCUGCAAAGUGUUCUUCAAAAGAGCAGUGGAAGGUAAAUGUUCAUGGCAACAUAACUAUUUAUGUGCCGGAAGAAAUGAUUGCAUCAUUGAUAAGAUUCGACGGAAGAAUUGUCCUGCCUGCAGACUUCAGAAAUGUCUUCAAGCCGGAAUGAAUUUGGGAGCCCGCAAGUCAAAGAAGCUGGGGAAGUUAAAAGGGAUUCACGAGGAGCAGUCACAGCAGCAGCAGCCCCCGCCACCACCCCCGCCGCCCCAGAGCCCUGAGGAAGGGACGACCUACAUCGCCCCUGCAAAAGAGCCCUCCGUCAACACCGCGCUGGUCCCUCAGCUCUCCACCAUCUCGCGCGCGCUCACCCCCUCCCCUGGGAUGGUCCUAGAGAACAUCGAGCCCGAAAUUGUGUACGCAGGCUAUGACGGCUCCAAGCCGGACACCGCCGAGAGCCUGCUCUCCACGCUGAACCGCCUGGCGGGCAAGCAGAUGAUCCAAGUCGUGAAGUGGGCAAAGGUAAUUCCAGGAUUUAAAAACCUGCCUCUCGAGGACCAAAUCACCCUCAUCCAGUAUUCCUGGAUGUGUCUGUCGUCGUUCGCCUUGAGCUGGAGGUCGUACAAACACACGAACAGCCAAUUCCUCUAUUUUGCACCAGACCUGGUCUUUAAUGAAGAGAAGAUGCACCAGUCUGCCAUGUAUGAGCUGUGCCAGGGCAUGCACCAAGUCAGCCUGCAGUUCGUCCGACUGCAGCUCACCUUUGAAGAGUACACCAUCAUGAAAGUGCUGCUCCUGUUAAGCACAGUUCCAAAGGAUGGCCUCAAAAGCCAAGCUGCAUUUGAAGAAAUGAGGACAAAUUACAUCAAAGAGCUGAGGAAGAUGGUAACCAAGUGUCCCAACAAUUCUGGGCAGAGUUGGCAGAGGUUCUAUCAACUGACCAAGCUUCUGGACUCCAUGCAUGAUCUGGUGAGUGAUUUGUUGGAAUUCUGCUUCUAUACCUUCCGGGAGUCCCAGGCCCUGAAGGUGGAGUUCCCCGCGAUGCUGGUGGAGAUCAUCAGUGACCAGCUGCCGAAGGUGGAGUCCGGGAACGCCAAGCCACUCUACUUCCACAGGAAGUGAGGGACUCGCUGCCGCAGAAGGACUUUGCCUUAAGUUCCCCUGUGUCGUUCCGCACCCACGAAGGACCCGAGAGAUCGUUAUUUCUAGCAGGUGAUGGCGGAGCCGCCCUCGUGCAGCAGUCUCUGGAGUUUAAGGUCAUGCUAAGGGUUUGGGGCCAGGUUAGAAGUUAAGACAUGGAUUUGGCAAGACCCGGACAGUCUACACUCUGAAGGACUCUUCCCCUCUCCAGUCCCCAGCGCUUAGAAACACGUUCCUCUGGAUGAAAAGCCAUAUCUAGUCAAUAACUCUCUGAUUUUGAUACUUUAACAGAUGGAGGUUUUAACUAUGCCAUGUAGUUUCUGGUUAUCAGCCGCUUGUUUUAAAAGGGUUCAAGGACUAAUGAACUUUUUCAAGCUUACCCUUGGUUUGCACAUACAACAUAUAGGCUAUAUGGGGCAUUAAUAUUCUUUUGUUAUUUAAAAAAAAAAAAACAAAAAGAAAAAACCCUAUACAGAUUCCGUUGUGUCAUAACAGAGCACGCGAGGGGGAGAGCGCCCCCCCUCUGGCUCGCACUCGCCCGCGUCCCUCCGCAUCACUGGCGUGUGUCCCACCCCCCCCACCCCCAGUGUCCACUGGUUAAUUAGAAUGGAUAAGACGUUCAAACAAAUGCCUCAGUUUCGAUUCCUAGUAUCUAUUGUGUUGGCUUUACAGAUAAUUUUUUGCAGUCUUUUGCUGUGCUGUACAUUACUGUAUGUAUAAAUUGUGAAGGACCUGAGUUAUAUAUGGUAUAAGGAACUUUUGUAAAUGAGAAGAAAAAAAAAAGACACACAAAAAAACUUCAAUGGUUAAUAGGAAGAAUGGGAAAGUAUUUUUGAAAGAAUUCUAUUUUGCUGGAGACUAUUUAAGUACUAUCUUUGUCUAAACAAGGUAAAAAAAAAUUUCUUUUUGUAAAGUGAGAUGCUCUGCAUGCCUAAUGAACCGUUUACAGUGUAUUUAAGAAAGGGAGAGCUGUGCCUUUUUUAGCUUCACCUCUGAUUUACCACUUUCCAGUCUCUGUUGUAAAUAACCACACUGAAACCUCUUGGGUUGUCCUUAAGCCUUUCUACGUUGUCUGUACCUUCGUUUUGUCUCUGGUCUCCCGCGGGGGUGCUCGUGGGACCUGAGCAUGUAUUCCGGCCGCGGGCUGCGGGGUCCGCAGGGCCUUGAAUGCGUCACUGGGUUCCUCGGUCCUCGAGAAGCAGAACCGGCUGCUGGUGAGAGCCUGUGACACGCAAGGGCUGGGCGAGCACAGUCCCAUCCUGUUUUAGAGAAACACGACUUCUCCGGUGGGAAUAGAAAUCCCAUGCUCUCGCUCCACCUGUGAAAGGUGACAUGUUCACGUCUGGUCUUAGGAAAGGGUGUUGGCACUCCUAGCACGGGUCACGGGAACACGCAGGUUUGCAGGACACACCGAGAAAGAUGCACGCCGGGCACGGUCAGAGCAGCGUGGAGACCGCGACAUCAUUAGAGGGUUUUUAGAUUUUUAAAAGGUAGGUUUUAACAAUACAUUUUAUACAUAAAACAGUUUUGGGGGGGAAACACUACAGAUCAUAUAAGCAAGACAGUGGCACUAAAAUUUGUAAUUCAUUAAUCUGUUUGGCACUGAUGCAUUUUACGGCUUUUCUCUUGCCCCAAAUCACAAACAUCUGUCUUUGGGGACACUUAGCAAUACGAUUGCACUAAAUAAACUACUUUGACUAGAGGCCAAAUCAAUCUUUAAAAGUGAUGAUAAUCAUCAGGUACUCAGUGAAAUCACAAUAUUUUCCAAAACCUACAAGCGGUAGCUGGAGAAGCCCACGGCCAGGAGAAGGCAGCGUUGGACCCACCCUUUUCUCCAGGGUUCACUGUGCAGGCAACAUUACCCUGUCUUUCCAACAACACCUGCCUUAUGCAAGGGGAAGCCUGUGAAAGUUGCACUCGGAGGGAGUUUUUCUUACAUCAUUUGCAAUUUCAGGAAUUUAAUUUAUAGGCAGAUCUUUAAACACAGCUAACUUAACAUGCACAGCAAUAUGAAAGCCACCCUCGGAAAGGAAAGAUGCACCACAUGCAGAGUGGGAGUUUCUAGAAAAGAAACUGCUUACACGAGCAGCUCUCAGCUCAGACUUACUUUUUACGCAGUCAGAAUUCUGACGUAACCAGGUUUGAGAUGGAGGUGGUCUGCGCCGGCUUCUCAUGUUCAUGGCUGUCCUGGCUGUUUGUGUGUCUCCAGGUAACUUUGCUUGGUUCAACAGCAAAGCCAUAUUCUAAAUCCACUGCUGAAUGCCUGUCCCGAUCCAAAUUGUCUGUCUGCUCUUAUUUUUGUACCAUAUUGCUCUUAAGAAUCUCGGUUUGGUACAAUUCAUAAUUCACCAGAACUUCUUCAUAUAAUUAAAAAGAAAACACACUAAAUUAGUUUAAAAAUGAAGCAAUUUAUAUCUUUAUGCAAAAACAUAUGUCUGUCUUUGCAAAGGACUGUAAGCAGAUUACAAUAAAUCCUUUACUU